GGAGAAGCAACCACCACCGAUAAACCAUGGAAGACCCAGGAUCGCAAGCCAGCAUACCACUGGGUCUCUCAGAAAGCGACCAUGAAGCAAUUGGGUACUUUGAGCAGGCCAUGGAGAAAGAAACCCACGGGUUGAUGUCGGAUGCAGUCGCAUUUUAUAGAAAAGCAUUCAAGAUCAAUGAUCAGGUUGAUUUGCUUUAUAGACACGAAAAAGUCCCCCAUAAUAUAAAUAAGUUGAAGCAGGAGGCCGGUAAAAACACUGCAGUGAGGGUCGAUGAGAAAGCGGUCAAGAGUAUAAAUGUGGAUGAACUUCUACAAUCGUUUGAACAUGUUGAAGCUAGUGCACCCGACCCGAAUAAUCCUGAGCAUGUUGAUUUAACUAUAAAAUUUUCAAAUUUGGGAACUGAUAAUCAUGAAGAGGUAGCCGAUAUCAAGCCGGUCUCACCACUCAUCCAUCUUCCCAAUGAUAUUUGGUCACAAAUACUUGAGAUUUUAUUAAUUACUAGCGGCGAAUCUUGGUUUAAUUUUUCAAUUACUUGUAAAAAAAAUGCUUACUUGGGUUUAGCACAAUCAAACGUUUGGAGGAAACUUUGUUAUUUGAUAUACCCUAAUCAGAAUUAUUACGAGAAUAAAGUUUACAUUGAAAGCAAUCAAACUCCCGGAAAUCCCACAAUUGACUUACCGGUGCCUCUAGACCAAUUACAGAUUCUUCCGCAAUAUAACAACCUGUGGAAGUAUAUGCUACAUAACAGACCUUUCAUAAAGUUCCAUGGAUGCUAUAUAAGUGUGGUCAAUUACUAUAGUGAAGGUGGGAAAGCAGAAAACUCGCUUAGUUGGUCUAAUCCAGUCAGAACAAUCACGUAUUAUAGAUACAUAAGAUUUUAUCCAGAUGGUACCUGUGUUAAGGUUCUAUCCAGCUUGGAACCGGAUAAAGUGGUACCGAAACUACUGAAAUAUAAUUCCCAAAAAAGCGUGGGGACCAUUCUUCAAGAACACCCAUUGGUACCUAAGGAAGGCCAUAGAAUAUACCACGGUCGCUGGACCCUUUCACUAUCAGACGAAGUCCACGUUGUUAUUGAGAACGGCUCGGUCCCGUACUAUGCCUUCCAUUACCAUUUCGAAAUCAAACCAUUGGCUGGAAUCUAUAAACACAAUAAGUUAAAAUGGAUCAAAUACUACGCUAUCCGUAAAAAAAUUAAUGACGAUGACGAUGACGACCGUAUAGGUGAGGAGACUGUCUUCACCCUCAGAAAUGAAACUGCUUUCAAGUACCUGAGAGUUAGAAGCUAUAACCUUGAUAAUUAAUGUAUAUAGAACUGCUUUAUAGAUUACUGCUAAAAUGUAUACCAAAACACCC